CAGAACAGAGGUUAUUAGAAUGGCUGGCUACAGUAAAAAACAAAUGCAGGCUGUUGUAAAUACUUCAAACUAACAAAUGCUCAGUUCUGUACCUGAUUUUGUUUCCUCUAGUUGUUUCUUAGUGUUAUAGGUAUUUCUUAGUAGAUACAAGAAAAAAUGAAUUGGAAAACUAUAUUUUUGUUGCCGUGUUUUACCUAUUUAGUGAACGCUGGUGCAUGUAAACAACCAUCUAGGACACAUUCCCUAAGACAGACAGGCGAGUGCAGCCAAAUGGAUGAUAACACGGGCGAGUAUAGCAGAUUGGAUAAUAAUCCCGAAAACCUCCAUCCAAAUGCAUCAAUUCAAGGUUGGUUAGGUCCACUAGAAAAAAUGACCAAUAUAAAUUGGAGUACUUCGUCAUAUAUACCUACGACUGAAGAAAAAGAUAAUGUAAAGGCCGGAUUGAUUAAUAGUGGAUGUCCACCUGAUAUUUUGGAAGGUCUUCUUGUGAACAGUCAACAAAUUACCUGGCCUCCUGAUAGGUACACAACUAACGCAGGAAACCGAAGUCUUUUAAAAAGCUAUACACUUAGAAAAAUUCCAAAUAUAACAGCAGUAGUCGUGGCCGCUUUUGAAAACGAUUCGGUGCCUGAGCCAGGACUUUUACUCAUUUUCAAAAGACUUAACUUGCAAAUAGUGAAUACUGAUUAAAAUCAGAGUGGCAGAAUUCAAUUUUAUCGUCUCAAAACACUUAUGUUUAAAAAAAAUGUAUAAAUAAUACGCUCAUUUCAUUUAAUUCCGUUAGCAACAAACAAAUAAAAGUUUUAUAUAGGCGUAGUAUGCUUUAUGUAAUAGGUAUGUAAACAAAUUAGGUUUACAAAAUUGUGUAUAA